AUGCCGCCGGCGGGGCCUGCCUUCCCACUCCACAGCGACGACGUCCUCGCGGAGAUCUUCCUCCGCCUCGGCCCUCUGAAACCCUCGCUCCUGCGCGCGUCUCACGUGUGCAAGCAGUGGCGAACCCUCGUCUCCGACCCCGGUUUCCUACGCCGGUUCCGUGCGCGCCACCGGCAACCCUCGCUCCUCGGCGUCUUCACGCAGCAGCACGGAAAAGCUCUCUUCCGCUCUGUUGUCGACCCUCCUGUUAUUCCUUCAGAGCGCUUCUCCCUGCGAGGCUACGGCUCGUGGGAUCUGCUUGGGUGCCGCCAUGGACGCGUCCUCAUCAUGAACCACACUGAGGGGAAGGCCAUUGUGUACGACCCCGUUACCGGCGACCAGCACCACAUAGCAGUUCCUUGGGAGUUCCGUCAGAAUGACGUGGUUGCUAAUAUCAAUGGUGCGGUGCUCUGCACGGGCACGGCCGACAAUGCACGACACAUGCAUGGCGCGUGCCGCUCAAGCCCCUUUAAAAUCGUUUUGGUAGGCGCCAGUACGGUCUACAUAAAGCACGACGUGCUAGCGCUAGUCCAGGCAUGUAUUUACUCGUCAAAGACUGGCUCGUGGGGCAACAAUGUCUCCGUGGUGCAACCAUGUGACAACUACAUUGCUGGUCACCAUAGCAUCUUUGCAGGUAACGCCCUUUACUGGUAUAUUCCUGGCAGUAUAAUAAAGUUUGAUAUGGGCAUGAAGAGCCUACGUGUGAUUCGGAAACUUCCUGUUGCAAAAGAUUGCUACGAUACAAGCCAUAUUAUCCGCUCAAAGGAUGGCGGUGUUGGCAUUGCUUUAUUGUCAUACCCUACCUUUCAAGUGUGGGACAUGAAGAAUGUCAACAAAAAAUUCAAUUCUCGUGGUGGAACUACAUGGGUGCCGCGGAAGCCUAUUAAUCUUCAGCUAGGAUGUGGGAGUGGUAUAAGGAUGAAGCAAGCUAUAGUGGGGUAA